AUGUCUCCCCGGCGGGGAGGGGGCUGCCUGGGAGACGCGCUGAGCUGCCCCCCCCGGAGGCCCGUCGGCGGCAGCAGCAGCGCCCGGCCCGGCGCCCCGCAGCCUUCCCCGGCGGCGGCGGCGGCCUGGAGGAGCCGCGCACCCGCCGCCGCCCCCGGAGCCUCGCAGCCGCCGCCGCCACCCGGCGCCCGAGGAGAGGGCGGCGGGCGCCCCCCGGGGAAGAUGAAGGCGGAAGGGGGCGAUCACUCCAUGAUCAACCUGUCGGUGCAGCAGGUCCUGAGCCUCUGGGCCCACGGGACGGUGCUGAGGAACCUCACGGAGAUGUGGUACUGGAUCUUUCUCUGGGCUCUCUUCUCCUCUCUGUUUGUCCACGGUGCUGCAGGAGUGUUGAUGUUUGUAAUGCUGCAGAGACAUAGGCAGGGGAGAGUAAUCUCUGUCAUUGCAGUCAGCAUCGGAUUUCUGGCUUCUGUAACUGGAGCGAUGAUCACUAGUGCAGCCGUCGCCGGCAUCUACAGAGUAGCAGGGAAGAACAUGGCCCCCCUGGAAGCGCUGGUGUGGGGCGUGGGACAGACUGUAUUGACAUUAAUCAUCUCCUUUUCAAGGAUCCUCGCCACACUCUGAGGUUUCGGUGGGAAUGUCUCACGUCACCGAAGGAAACAGAUGUACAGCUUCUCAGAAAAUGGCGUUGUUAACGAGCGGGAGUGAAAUGGUACCCGAACGUGGAAGGAGCCGGGUCACAAGCGAAGGAAGGCCUUGAGCUGUGUGCAAAGAUCGCCCUCUGGUGUUCAAGUGAUUGCACUACCGCACUGCACCUUACGUGCCUCCGUCCCGGGCCAGGCGCAUUACACUACCGGAAGCUAAGAGAGGAAGCACCUUGUUUAGCUGCCAAUCAGGUUAACACUGGUGUUGAAUCACCGUUGUUAACAGUGUUGUGUUAAGUUACAGGGACGUUUGGAGGAAUUGAUAUAUGUGCCAAACUCCUCUUCUUCUUCUUUUUUUGUUUUUUAACAUUGAUCAUGUGACAAUUUGCAAGUGUAGAUGUAGACGAGUGCUGUGAACCACAUCCGACAUGAAUUCAGGUAACUAGUGAGAUUUUUGUCGUGUAACGCUAAAUCCCGUAUGAGUGCUGAAUACCGGAUCAUUUAAUAUGAUAGGGAAAUUACUUGAUUUUUCACGUUGAGCGUUUCUGGGAUUUAGGGCUUUAAUAUGUUUAGGCAUUAUUGUUAUUUACUUUAAUUUAUGUGGAAAAUAAUACUUAAUGGAAAACUAGCUAAACUCUUUUAAGGACUCAAAGUAGACCUGUAGGGUGCAUCCUUUCCAGUCACUUAAAUAACACUCUUUUAAUAGUUUCCCUCCUACGAAACUAUUCUGUUGAUAUGAAUUCAGAAACUUUAUGGGUCACACACGUUGAUUGUAGUUUGUGUGUCAUGAAAAUAUAAUUUGAAAAUUUUCUUAUAACCUUUGUAAGAAAAGAAGUCUGAAAUGCAUGUUGCAUUCUUUGACCCUUCUAAAGAAAGUUUUUGCCAUGUGAGUCAUGGAGAAAACAUCUUUAUAACUAGUAUCUUGGUGGGAUUAUAUUACUUGUUGCACAUAUCUUGAUUUUUGACAAAACAUACACAAUCUUUAAUCUUUCAUUCUGGAGUAUUAACUAUAUUUAAAGAGUGGCCUAAAUUAGGCUGUGAAAACAAAAAGCCUCAUUUGUAGAUAAGUAACAAGUAAGUUAUAUACGAAGAGUAACAAACUAUCUUACUUUGGGCAUGUGGUAACAUGAUUUCGCUAAGUAAAAAUUGGGGUAUAUAGUACAUAAUUUUAAAAUUUGGCAGUUAAUCUCAGCAUAUCAGUACAGUCCUGAGCAUGUAGUAGAGUGAUUCUGUUGUUCAGUUCUUGUUUUAUGCUAUUAUUUAAAUUUACUAGAAUGAAAAAGCCCUGAGCAUACAACACUUUAAGAGAUUCUGGCAAGAUGUAAUCGUUUUUAAGAGUACAGGAAUAAGGGAAAACACAGAGCCUGGUUGAAUUUGUCUCCUACCGAGAUUUUUAAAAAUACCAGGUAUUCUUACAAAUGUACUAACUCAAAAAGCCACUGCAGAAAAUAUCUUAAGGGCAAUCCAGAAAAUAAUCUGCAUACUCUAGCCUCACUGUUUUAUAAAUGAUUUGGUAAAAAGUAGUUUUCUAUUAGGUCCUGUUCAAAUGUAAGAACUUCAUUGCCCACACUACUUCUGUCCACCAAAAAGCAGAAUAUGUAUGCAUGAUUUACCAAUAAGGAGUUGGGGUAGGGGAUACUUUUACCAGUAUGGAGGCCAAUUUGGGGGGUUUACUAAUGCUGUGGCUUGGAAAUCUGUUUUUAAAAAAACGAAUAAGCAACUAUGCAUCCCUAGAGAUCUUUGGAGUAAAUCUUAAAAUUGAUUCUUUUUAUUAUGUACAAGCCUAGAAUUAUGUUCAUGUGUUCUUUCUAUUCCUGAUGUUUUCCUAAAUUAAAUGUAGGCAUACGUUUCCCAAGUCGGUUUGAUUUCUCCGUUUCUUUCAGACUUGAAUUGUGUUCUUUACUUUGCCUAUUCUGUCAAUAAUUUCAAGUGUUCCUAUUCUUUGAGAGGAAUUACUGAUAAUGUGUUUACAUUGCUUCAGAUCUAUCUACAAAAUGGGUAUUUAUUUCAACAUAUGGUUAUUUCAUGAUUUAGGAAAGUUAUCACGGUAAGGGACUAGGGAGCUCAUGGUUUGGAAUCCAAAAUUAGCCACAUUAAAUCCAUCAAGGUGUGGACCAAAGAGAUUUUAACUCCUGUUUUUACUCUGGAAUGGAAGUAUAAUUGGAUGGAGAAUAAUUAGUCUGCAGCUGCCCCAUCAGGUUGCUUUACGUGAUGAAGUGUGUGUGUGUGUGUGUGUGUGUGUGUGUGUGUGUGUACUUUGAAACAUUAGGGGAGUUUUUGGUUUCUUUGCUGUUUUUAGUUCUUUUCAUUGGGAUUUUGUGCAACUGUCCCUCUCUUGAUGUUUUGAAAUGCAGCUGAAUAGAGUGAAUUGAUGAAAUUGUCUUAAUAGCUAUUUCUAUGGCGAGAUUUUUUUUAAUCGGUGGUUUUCCUACAGAGACAAUAGACGCUUGAUGAUAAGUAUCUACACACACGUAUAUAUCAUUACAUACAUAUAUCUAAGGCUGCUAUAUAUGAAUAUAGUCUAAUUGGGAAGCUUUUGUUCAGUGAACGCUUUUCAUGUUCUAGUGGAGAAUUUUGUGUGUUUGUUCAGUUGAGUGAUCUUUUAAAUAGGUAAGGAUGUGUGAGAUUUUUGAAUUUGGGGAAAUUUUUCUUGGUUUAGUCAUGCUGGAGACCCUUUUUAAUGAUAUGACAGAAGCCCUUAUUGAUGUAUUUGGGUGACACCUUCUUAAAAUUUAUAUGGGAUCUAGCAGUAAACUUUCUAUGUGACAUAUGCAGGAAGGAAGGGGGAAAUCCUUCAGCGUUUACACUCCUUAUUUAAAAAAAAUGUUUAUUAAAAUACCACUGACAGUGAAAUCAGUUCCCCAAAGAAGAGACCUCUGGCCCAGUGCCCAAACAAAUUCUUAUUUAACAGACUGAUGAGAACUGUCCAUAGAGCAGAAUUAGUCAGGGGGGCGGAGCCAUCUAAGCUACAAGUAAUAAGUCACCCUUUUAAAUGCAACAGGUGCAAUGAAUCUGCACCUGAGGGGUAACUCUACUGGUUGCUAGGAGGAGGAGAUUUCUAGACGGCGGCCCUGUUCGGUGUUUGCGGCUUAGUCUCUCUUACUCUGGAUCUCAGUGGAUACUGGCCAGUGUUAUGGUUUAUUACCCAGUAUACUUUCUUAGUAUCUGCAACGUAGGUUUCCACGGCCCAAAGUAAGGGUUUUGUUUGUACUUGAAGUGAGAGCUAAGGAGAUGAGCUGCCCUGUAUAGCAUGCAUUUGUGAUAUAAGGAAGAGGGGUAAGUUAAAAUCAGUGUUGUUGAAAAGGUCUUUGUUAGAGAACAUCUAAUGAAGACAUGAGCGGGGCCGCCAUGUGAAGCCGACACUCACCAACUGACUCAAUUUUGUAAAUGUUUUUGGUGGAUCUGCUGUCUUCAAAGCGCUGUGCUGAGUAUGUCCUGUAGUAAGUACAGGGAUGACCGAGAUGGAUCUUGCCCUUGAGUCCUCCAAGAGCCGGCAAGAUGAUCACAAAUCCUAAAAAGGUUGGGACACUUGGCUUCCCGAGUUUCUGUUCGAGAGCUUAAGUCCUGUUCCCUCUCCUCAAAUUCUGUUUUUCCCAGCUUAUCCACCAAAGGAAAUAUCUGCAACCGAGAUCUCAUUACUGGGGCAGAGUGGAGAGAAUACUAGCCUCUAAGCCAGCAGCAUCGAUUUCAAUCCAGGGCGCAGCACUUGUUGAUGUUUUGUUCGUGAACGCAAAGCAGUACAUGUCUGGUAGCAAAUGACCAAUAGAUAGUCAUUAGAAUUUUUUAGUUACACUUUUUAAUACCAACUGAAUACGUUGUUUUAUACAAUUCAUCUAUUUUCUUCAAUUUCCACCUUUUCCGUGCAUCUAUUUUAAGAAGGAAACUAAAAAAUGUCUCUUAAUAAACUUGCUUCCUUUACCUCCUCUCCAUCUCUCUCUCUUUAAAACUUUUUAAAGUUUAUUUAUUUUGAGAGAGAGAGAGACAGAGACAGAGACAGAGAGAGUGAACAGGGGAGGGGCAGACAGAGAGAGAGAAUUCCAAGCAGGCUCCACACUGUCAGCACAGGGCCCAAUGCGGGGCCCGAACUCACAAACCGCGAGUUUGUGACCUGAGCUGAAACCAAGAGUUGGAUGCUUAACUGAGUCCCCCGGGCGCCUCCCUCUCCCCGUCUUGAUUUUGAAAAUCAGCAGAUACUCCUCUAAGACCACUUCUGGGAGUUGGUGGUGGUGGGAAUGGCCAGGACCAGCAGGGCUAAAUUGCCAGUCGUGUUCACCACUAGUUAAAAGAGGAAAAGGGUGAGGGUAACCGGCGUUGACUCCUUUGCCUUAUCCUGCUCACUUCCCUUGGAUCAUUCAGGCAACAUUCACUGAAUCUCUCCAACCUGCAGCUUACUAUCCUGGUAGGGAUGGGAAAGGGUGUCCUUUAGGAGUCCCAUCUUUCCAAGCUGCCACCCUGGCCUUUGGGCUUCCUGUGUCGGAAAGAGAAGUGGGCUUCAGUGCCCGCCAAGUCCUUCCUCCCACGGACCAAAGGUGCUCACGCCCAGCCUGUUUGUUUCCAACUUCAAGGGAAUACGGCUGCUUUUCAUUUAUGUCCACUUUAUAAUUCAGGAAGUCCCAAGAUGCGAAGAAUAUUGUCUGAAAUAUUCUCAAACGACUUCACGCUUGCUACUAAAAUGCUUCCCUCUCAGAAAAGUCUUAAUCAGAAUCUCUUCAGAGAGUCCUUACCUGCUUGUAAGACGUGAAGAACACGGAAAGUUAGGAAGAAAUUCUGGUAGGCCCAAAUUACGGGGAAGUUGGCAGUAAACUUGCUGGGCAGCUGCAUCAGUUGUUCCUUUUAAGAACCAGAGGUGAGACUCUCGGUGCUGACAGUUGGCUGGUCAUCCGUCAGACCAGGUGGCUCAUAAUGUCCCCGAACUCCCAGUCCUUCUUAUAACGUCUUGCAGGGAGACUCUUCAGGUGCAAAAGGACAUUAUUUGAUUAAAGAUGAGAAAGUUUUUCAAGCACAUGGCAGCAUUUUGUAGCAGCGGGGUGUUUAAAGAUGGGAAGAAGGGCUGGGAGGUAACGCAGGAAAGCCUGGGUGCGCGCGAUGAAGGCCCCUACGUGAUGUGAACACAGCUCCCCCUUGUGUUAGGGUCGUAAACUACACUGUGUGAGUCUGUCUCCUGCACGUUGAAACAUGCUGUUUCUUUAUUUGUGAGGCUUAACUGGCCACAGAGCAUUUGAAAUCCUAGUACAUUUGUGUGUGUGUGUGUGUGUGUGUGUGUGUGUGUGUGUGUGUGGUAGGUUUUCCUUUCUCAUGAAAGGGUCUCUGUUCGGUGUAGGCAAUACAGUGUUUUUGAGGAGGCUGCUGAAAUAGUUAUCUAAAAACGUAUCUGUGAAUUUGUUUGGGGAAGUAGUGAUUAACAUACAAAGGAUUUUCAGUAAAUGUGGGGAUGUACCAGUUAAUAUUUUAUUAAUGGACAGGAACGCCCACAUUCUUUGAAUGAACUGAGCUCUGAGCUGUAACUGUCUCCUCUCCCGCGUUUAGAGGCCUCACUUUUACAUUCUUUGCGGCCAUUGCACGUAUGUUGAACUUACAUAAUAACGCUUUCUGGAUUUUGAGAACUAAUUUUGAGUUUCUUAAAAACCUCCCUCUCCGUUCCAUUCAGAUGUCAUAUGUUAUAGUUUAAACGUACGUAUGGUGUGUUCAUAGACUCAAAAGAGCUGGUUUAGAAGAAAAUGUUCUUAACACCUUAUGGGUAGGUAUGCAGCUGUAACCUUACCGAAAAAUAAAUGCUACAGGCAAGCCAAGAGAGCAUGAACCUCUUACAUGUUGUUUUAGAUUACACUCUGCACCUAUGUAGAUGUUCCUUCAGUAGUAACAUAACUGUCCCCUCUUGGGGAACGUCUUUAGGUAUGCAACUGAAACUAGAAAGCUGUGUCACACAUACAUAUAGAAAGAGGAACUAUAAUUCACACUUACCGUAACGGUAACACGUUUUCUCCUAAAUACAUACUGAUAAUUGCUAAAGAUCAUCUCUUGUUUUAGAGCCCUGUACGAAUGAAUAUGAACUUGGUAGUAUUGCUGCUGCUAAGUUACUCUUGUUUUUAAAUGAAAAUAUUUGCACAUCAUCACUAAGUAUCUUGGGGGAAGGAACAUUUAAGUUUUCUCCACGGAGAGCAAAAUAGAGGCACUUGUUGGAAAAGUAAUUAAAAGUGAUUUACUUUCAAUACUGGAUGAGUUGAUGGUCUACACUUUCUUGGUAUUUGUGAUAUCAGAUGCAUCUACGAUGGAGAGGUUUUUUUUACAGUUUUGGCUCUCAACACACACACACACACACACACACACACAUGCGCGAGCUCUGUAUAUUUAGAUGAACAAACAAAAGUGCACAGUAUUUUUCAUUUUAGUCCUAUAACUUGGUAAAAUUUGUAGGAUUCUACCAUGAAGUAUUAACCCCUGACUCUAGUCAUUCUAGGACAAGGGGAUCAACUUCACGUCCACCAACAAAACUGUCUUGAUUUAAAUAGCAAAAAUAUAGUUUACCCGAGAGGUAUUAAAAACUCACUUUCAAAUUGUGUUAAGUCUCAGACCACCGAUGAAUCAUUUAGCAAGACAGUCCAGUUUUUAAAAGCUAAAUGAUGCGUUAGUGCCUUGCAGUUAAGACACGUUUGCAAAGUGAAUGUGGCAGGAUUCAGGAUUGGCACAUUGUCACUGGAGGCUUAGCGGUUAGGGACGGCGUAAUCGAAAUUACUCCUCGUGGUUUGUAAAGAUCAGCCAUUUUGCCGUUGACUCUGACAGAUGACAGUUCUUCUCAUUACGCUUUCGUGAUGUGCUAUUGGUCUGUAUCUUUUUCUUUUCUACAAGAAAGCUUGAGCUGGAGAAAAAUGUAGUCCAGACAAGUUAACGUGGGAUUUUAAAAUUUAGUUUUGUUGGAAACUCGAAAUUCUGGUGUGAGCCGUGUCAGUUUUAUACUGUAGUUCAAGGGCAGACACUUUAUGUAACCUUUAGGCAUACGUUUACCAUCAGGGAUUUAUUUUUACUAUAGAAAUACUUUACUGUGAAGUUCAAAGACGGGAAGGAUACAUGUUGAAUGGGGUAACGCACAAAAACAAAGGCAUACGUGAUGAAGUACCCUACAUUAUGUGAACACGGUCUCCCCCUUCUGUUAAGACUGUAAACUACACUGUAUGAGUAUGUGUUUGUAUCGUGCAUGUUUACAUAAUACGUUUAAUUUUGAAGGAUUAUUUUCAAGACUAUGUUUAUGUAUAAUACCUAACAAGCUGUAAAUAUUGUAUACUAUUGAUUUUUAAUUUUAUAUAAGCAAUUUUUUUAUUUCCCAAUUCAUGUAUAAAUCUCAUUGUGUACAUAGCGUAAUUUCCUGGACAACACAAAUUUUGCAGCGAACUUGAAUUAUCUCAAUUGUGGUAAGCAUCAGGUUAGCCUUAGAGAUGUCGGUCUUGGUUUUAAAUUCUUUCUCACCACUCAUUUUCUUCAAAGGGCAGCAAUAAACUUAACCUGUGAGUUAUUUGUGACUAUAGAAAGUUGAUCUGCAAAGACAAGACCGAGGUUCCAGCCCAUUGCUUUCAAGAAAAGAUGCACAAUUAGUAUCAUCCACUGUCUAAUCACAGGACCGUUUCCGAGGCCCAUGUGUCUCUCCUCUUUGUAAUAGACAGGGCGAACCCUUUCCCGACACACAUAUGAAACAGCUGUUAAAAGCAACUCCAGAACUUCAGUGUUGUCAUUACAUGAAAUUUACUGGAUUAAAAAUUUGUAAUAUACAGUAUUUUAAUAAAAUUUCUGUAUUCAAUUUCAUGCACUUAUAUAUAUAAAUAAACCUGUCUUUAAAAGCUU